GAGCGGAAGCCGGAAGCGGUGCUCGGCGGCGCCCGCUAUGGCUGAAGCGGCGCGGGCUGCGGCGGAGGCGGUCGGGAGCUGCCGGGCUCGGGCGGCGCGCUCCGUGUUAAACCAGGUGGUUCUCCCCGGUGAGGAGCUGGUGCUGCCCGAGCAGGAGGACGUGGAAGGCCCCGGCCCGGAGCAGCCUUUGCGCCUGAACGCCGGCGCGCGCUCGCGGGUGCGCGUCGUGUGCGGCCCGGGCCUGCGGCGCUGCGGGGACCGCCUGCUGGUCACCAAGUGCGGCCGCCUCCGACACAAGGAGCCCGGCGGCGGCGGCGGCGGCGGCGGUGGCGGCGGCGGCGGUGGCGGCGGCGGCGUGUACUGGGUGGACUCGCAGCAGAAGCGGUACGUACCAGUGAAAGGAGAUCAUGUGAUUGGCAUAGUGGUAGCGAAAUCUGGAGAUAUAUUCAAGGUCGAUGUUGGAGGGAGUGAACCAGCUUCUUUGUCCUACUUGGCAUUUGAAGGUGCAACUAAAAGGAAUAGACCAAAUGUGCAGGUUGGAGAUCUCAUCUAUGGCCAGUUUGUGGUUGCUAAUAAAGAUAUGGAACCAGAAAUGGUCUGUAUUGACAGCUGUGGACGAGCCAACGGAAUGGGUGUGAUCGGACAGGAUGGUCUGCUUUUUAAAGUGACUUUGGGCCUAGUUAGAAAGCUACUAGCUCCAGAUUGUGAAAUCAUACAGGAAAUUGGAAAACUGUAUCCACUGGAGAUUGUAUUUGGAAUGAAUGGGAGAAUAUGGGUUAAGGCAAAAACCAUUCAACAGACUUUAAUUCUGGCAAAUGUUUUAGAAGCUUGUGAACACAUGACAACAGAGCAAAGAAAACAAAUUUUUGCCAGAUUGGCAGAAAGUUGAUGUUUGUGGACUUCUUUAAUAGGUCAUUCGAGACAAAAGACUGUUUCCUGGGGAAACUGUUUAUUAAAUCUUCAGAAGACAAGAUGCUAAUGUACAUAUUGUCUUACUAAACCUCAAUAAAUAUUUUUGUAAGUUUGGUUUCCACUCA